UCACGCGAAGGGGACGGGCGGAUGCCCGGUUCACGGACGCGUCCGACCAUCAGCGCUCGAUCGGCAGGGCCAGUAGUUAGGCGACUGUCCCCCGAGGAAGUCAAGCGUCGACGUGAGAAGGGCCUUUGUUUCAAAUGCGAAGAAAAGUUUACACCGGGCCAUCAGUGUAAGCAGGCUUUUAUUAUAGAAGUUGCUAAUUCUGAUGGGGAGGAAUCUAAGGUCGAGGAGGAACCACAUCAAGGGGACGAGGUAGAAGUGCCCGAAGAGGAAGCAGAAAUUUCGAUGCACGCAAUGGCAGUGAUUAGAGGGCCAAGGACGAUGCGGUUUCCAGCUUGGGUCAAGGAUCGUAGGGUGAUUGUGCUCGUGGACAACGGGUCAUCACACAACUUUAUUAAUGCUGACUUGUCCCAGAAGCUGAAGCUGCCAACUACGAAGAUUGAGCCCUUUGAAGUUCGAGUAGCUAAUGGAGAGAGGCUGCAAUGCACUGAGUCGUUCCGGAAGCGGCUUAUCGGCAGACGAGACACGAGAUCUUCAUCAUUGGUGCUCUCGUUGAGAGGUGUUAGAUCGUGUGUCUUUUUCCCACCCCAUUCCCUUUUCUUUUCUUUCCCCUUAUUUUCGUUCGAUUCAAAAAAAAAUCCAAAAAUCAUCAUCAUCACGAGUCCUCAAAGUAAAGAGCGUAGGGAAGAGAAGAAAGCCAUGACCAACAAAGAGAUGAAGGAUAAGAUCGAUAAUCUCGAUGUUCAAUUCUGUGGUAUGAGCGAAGCCAUCGACACGCUAGGUGAAGGAUUCGUUAAUACGAAGACAACGGUGCAAGAUCUCAUGAAAACCGUGAAUAGGCGCUUUGAUGAGAUGUCACGCAACGUGCUCGCACGCCUACCACCACCGCGGCAACACGAUCACGCACGGCCACAUGACCGCGAGCGGCCCGAAGGAGAGGAUCGACGGCGUGAAGAGUACGAGUGCGAGGACGACUACGAGCGGCAGUCACAGGCGUCCAACUACUGCGAGCGUUCGAAGGUCAACAAGCCCCGCAUCACGUUAUCCACCUUCACGGGCAGCGAUCCAGACGCAUGGCUCAAUCGGGCAAUGCAAUAUUUCGAGCUCAACGAGAUGGAUGGCCCAGAUCGUGUAAGGUACGCAGCCUAUUAUCUUGAUGGUGAGGCCAAU